AUGCAUUUAAUCGCCCUUUGCGCUGUGGCAAGCGCCAUCGUUGUUGGUGUACAUGGUCAAACACAAUAUACUGCAACAAACGCGGCGUCGGUGGCUGCUGCGAGAGCCACCGCUAGGACUCUCAGCCCAACGAGCUAUGUGAAGGGUAAAACGUUUGACAGAGUUGUACAAAUCUGGCUGGAGAAUACAGACUUUGAUAUGGCACAAGGAGACCCAUCUCUCCAAUCAAUAGCCAAGAAGGGGAUCACUCUGACGAACUACGAGUCUGUAACUCACCCAAGUCAGCCUAACUACAUUGCUUCGGUUGGAGGACAGACGCAUUGGGUUAUUUGGGAUCUAUUCUCGCGAAUUAGCAAAUCGACCAAGACCAUCGUGGAUCUUUUAGAUGCCAAAGGUGUUUCCUGGAGCGAGUAUCAAGAGGAUAUGCCCUAUUCCGGGUUCCAAGGAGACUUUGUUAAUCAGCAAAACGGGAAGAAUGACUACGUGAGAAAGCACAACCCAUUGAUCUCCUACGAUUCCGUUUCUUCAGAUCUGGAUCGUCUAGCGAAGAUCAAGAACUUUACAAUGUUUGACCGUGAUCUCAAGGCGAACAAACUCCCACAAUGGAUGUUCAUUACUCCAAACAUGACAAAUGAUGGCCAUGAUAGUUCAAUCACCGUUGCCGGAGCUUGGGCGAAAGGCUUCAUUGAACCUCUUCUCCAAAACUCGAACUUCAUGAAUAACACAUUGUUGAUAUUGACUUUUGAUGAAGCUGAAAAUUAUUUCGCUAGAAACCGUGUGAUGACGGUGUUGCUUGGAGAUGCUAUACCGGCCAGUCUUCAGGGUACAACAAAUGAUACCGAGUACAAUCACUACAGCAUUUUGAAGACUGUAGAAAACAACUGGAAUUUGGGAGAUCUUGGGGAGAAUGACAAGAAGGCAACCGCAUUUUGGUAG